AUGGAGGACGCCGCCCUGGACGCCACCACAAGCGCCAUGGACGCGUGGAUCGCCGUCAUCGUCGCGCUGCUCAUCGGUACCAUCUCGCUGGUGUGGUACGUCCUAGCGCAGCGCCCGCCGCCGCCAGUCGAGGAGCCUGUGCCACCGACCAAGUUUGAGACGUUUGUGCGGACGCAAAGCGGCGCCGCGCCACGCGUCCUUUUCUCAACAGCUGCCGAGCCCGCAACAAUUCGCUCCUUGCUGAACCGCGCCAGCGUCGACGUGCUGCACGUCGAUCUGACGCGCAUUGCGGGCAAGACUGGGAUUCUGGCCGUCUUGCGGACGUGUGGUGACGCGACCGACGACUGCACCGAGUUCCUCUUUGAGAACGGCCACUACAUUGGGAGCAGUCAGCUCCUCGAGGCAAUGUACCGGUCGGGUGAGCUCGCGAAGCGCCUUCACGUGGCGCUGCCACCGCGCGCCGACGACGAACUUCGGCUUCCGACCGUGACCUUGGGCGCGGCUGCGGAGCCAUGCGUCACGACCCAGCUGUCGAUGGCGCAGCUACGCGACGCGGACUUUAACGCCAACGCACUUGCACCGAGCACGAAGUCGCUGGCGUCGCGACCACAUGGCCAAAGCAGUGCGAACCGCAGCCAGCUCCUCGUCUCGUUGUCGCCAACCGUGACCGAGUACCCGUGGGAUGUCAUGGACGUGCUCGUCGCCCGCCCGUUGGAGACGACGACCGACUUGCUCACGCUACCGGAGCCCGGGUGGGUCGAUGCCGCCCACACCAACGGCGUUGCGGUGUUGGGUACACUCACGUGGUCGGCUGCUACCGACGCCACGUGGGCGACGAUAGACGAAGACUGGACGGCGCUCGCAUCGCUGCUGUUGGCCAUCGCGCAGCGUCUGAAGCUCGACGGCUGGGUCGUCUCGGGCAUGCCACCAAACGCAAUGGUGGGUCUCUUACCACUGCUGCGCCACUCGACGUCGCGCGUGCUCUGGCGUACCGCCGAGACGCCUUCGGUGCCGUCGGUCGUCGACGGACUUGUCUGGGUCGGCGACAGCAGCCCCAAGACGGUGCUCUCGCUGAAGAAAGCCUUCCCGGACAUCCCGCUCUUUGUGCACAUGUCGGAGCAUGUUGACUUGCAGGCGCGAUCGCUCCGAUUCGCCGGCGUUUCGAUCUCGAUUGACGCGACGGCCAGCCAAGACGCCUUUUGGCCCUCCACGUGGCGGUCGCUCGGACCUGUGCACGCCCGGCGGAACGCGAUCGCAACGUCGUUUGAUGUCGGACACGGCGGCCAUCUCUCGCUGCAUGGCGAGAUCGUGUCGACGGCACCGUGGGCCGACCCGAGCCGCAUCGACCUCCAGCCAAAGUCGAUCGCAACGAAAAUGAAGGGCACGCUCACCGCGGCGCUUUCAACCCACGUCGCGUACCUCGGCGGCACGAGUCUGCUCAUCGAGGGAGGUCUCCUGCGUCCUCCGACAACACACACCUUGACGCAGAUGCGUAGGGCAUUGAAGAGCAAUGCAAUGCUCGACAUUCUACCCACCGACAUUCAAUUCACGCCCCGAAAGCUCCUCAGCGUGCGCUACUCGUUCCUCAACUGGACGCCGAACGUUGCGCUGAACCUUGUGCUCUGGAUUGCGGGGCGGCAAGAGCACUUGAUGCUGCGCAGUCCGCAAGCGUCGUCGACACCGAAGAAGCGUCUCUCGCCACUCGUCGGUCGGUCGGCCCUCGGCACCGUGUACGCUGCAAGUACCGAGACCACGCACGCGACCUCGGGCUGGGUCACGCGAACCUACUACCUCGGCGGCCAACUCUGGGACGGCAAGACCAUCGUCGCCAUCGGCGUAGCCGCCAUCAACCUCUACGACGCGGCCCAACCCGUGUCGGCGCACCUCGGACACCUCGCACUGGGGCCCGACCCACUCGAGGACGAUAUCGACGCGGUCGCAUGCUAUACGAAUGUGCAUGCGUCGGGCUCCCAAUUGGCGUUCACACCGUCGGCAGCCGUCGCGUCGACAGCCAUCUACCGCGAGACGCCGCUGACCUUUGUGGCGCAGACACGUCAAUCCGUGUGGUCGCCGACGGCGCCAGGGCGCUACGUCCUCCGUCCACUCGGGUGGGCGGGCGCGUUCCUGCUGCCGCUGCCGUCGUGUCCCCGCUUUGUCGUGCAAGAGGACCCUUGUACCACGAGUUUGUAA